CCAGCCGGGCUGCGGCGCGCAUGCGCAUUGGGCGGCGGGUUUUACCGGGGCCUGCGUGACCGGUACGGGACAGAAUGUUCCGCCGGCGUCCGCGUCACUUCCGGGGCCGCCGCAGGGCGCAGUCCGCUAGUAGCGAGGAGGAGCCGGGCCCCGGCGUCGAGGGGGGGGAGGAGGAGGAGGGGCGGCGGCAGGGCCCUGCCAGCCCCGACCACUAUCCCCCGCGGCUCCCGGAAGCGCCGACGGUGAGCGUGAGGGGCCAAGAGGCGGCGGAGAAUGGAGGCGAAGGCGGGGCCCGGCAGGCACGGGGGUGCAGGGACCUGCUCAGCUUCGGCAGCGACGAGGAGCGAGAAGGGAGUGAAGAGCACUUCCAAGUAAAGAAACCGUCACUCAAUGCCAUCAAAUUUAACAUUCCGAAGAAGGGAAGUGUGGCUUCUGCAGAGCAAACUGAAAGCGGAAAAGAAAUCUUUCAAUCAGAAUCUAGAGCCACUGAAAUCAAAGAUGCAUUUGAGUCAGAUGAGGAGGACGAGCAGUGUUCUUCAGCAAAUGAAGAUGACUGCAAUUCAUCCACGGCAUCUGAACCUCUACCCAGCUCCCCGCAGAAAAGGGAGGAUUUACCACCAGGUACUUUCCCUAGUGCAGCUUACAUUCAGGCUGCCCGAAGAAAACGUCAGCUGGCCAGGACUCAAGGAGACUAUAUUUCACUGGAUACUUCAGAUUGUCAUCAGGUUUCUCGGAGAAAGGAAAGCAGUGAUCUUGAGAGUGAAGAAGAAUCUGAUCAUGAAAGGAAACUCAGCUUUGCUCCCAAAACAAAGUCUCUUAGGCAGAGGAUGGCUGAGCAUAUAGUAUCUGAGAGUGGAGUAUCAAGUGAAGAUAAGGAAACUCAAAAUGAAUGGGAAGAACAGCAAAUGAAGAAGGCACUCAAACUUUCUCAGGGAAUUAAUGAGGAUGCUUUUCUGCAUAAAUCCCGAACCAUGAAGAUAACAUUUGAUCCCUCUGUUUCACUGCCACCUGUAGACUUAGAAAUUGUAAAGAAGCGACUGACUACAAGAAUAACAUCACUGCAGGAUAUCCACCGGGCCCAUCAGAGGGAAUAUGAAAAAUACAUGCAUGACAUUGAAAGCUCAAAAACAACUAUUCAAGAGUUAGAGAAGUCUUCGGACGUUGGCCAGAACUACAAAUUCUACAGGGCUAUGAAAACUUUUGUGGAAAAUUUGAUAGACUGUUUGAACGAAAAGCUACUUCAAAUUAAUGAACUAGAAUCAGCUAUGCACACGCUUCUCCAGCAACCAGCUGAAAUGCUCUUGAAACGAAGGCAAGAUGAUCUGAGAAAUGAAUCUGCUUAUAUUCAACAGCUAUCAAGUAAGUAUAGCAAAUCAACUGAAGACAGGUUGGGAGUUGAUGCAAAAACACAGCAGGAAACACAGGUGAAAGACUAUGAAGCUCGAAGGAGAUUGAGAAGACAAGCAAGAGGGAGUUCUGGGAAAUCUGAUCACCAUGAGGGUAUGUCCAGUGAUGAUGAGCUGUCUCCAGGAGAGAUAAUGGAUUUCCAGGAGAACAAAGAUAAUAUCUUACAGGAAAGUAAGGGAAUCUUUGAAGAUGUGCAAGUGGAUUUUUGCAGCAUCAGAAAUAUCCUGUUGAAAUUCCAGCAAUGGAGAGAGAAGUUUCCUGAUUCUUACUAUGAUGCUUACAUUAGUUUAUGUCUGCCUAAACUCUUAAAUCCACUAAUCCGACUUCAAUUAAUUAAUUGGAAUCCUGUUGAGGAGAGCUUCACAGACUUGGAAGAAAUGCCAUGGUUCAGAGAUGUAGUAGAAUUUAGUGAUGCCAAAAAUGUGUCUGAAUCAAGGAGAGAGAAUGACCCCGAUCAAACAGUUUUGCCUGCAAUCAUUGAAAAAACAAUUCUUCCGAAAAUUACAGGCUUUAUAGCACAUAUAUGGGAUCCUUUGUCAACUUCACAGACGGAGAAUUUGGUACAACUCUGCAAAAAAAUCUUUGAAGACUAUUCCCUUUCUAGAAAAGAAUCCAGUAAAACAAAACAGGAUCUGAUAAACUCGAUUGUUUCAAGAAUGAAAAAAUCAAUAGAGGAAGACGUCUUUAUUCCUGUGUAUCCUAAAAGUACAGUGGAAGACAGACUAUCGCCACAUUCGAAGUUCCAAGAAAGGCAGUUUUGGUCUGCUGUAAAGUUACUAUGUAAUAUUCUUCUUUGGGAUCGGAUUGUACCAGAAGAGACUCUACAUGAACUUGGACUAAGCAAGCUGCUGAAUCGUUACCUUCUUUUAAUACUCCUUAAUGCACCAUCUGGACCAGAUAAUAUAGAAAAAUGUAACAAGGUGGUUGCAUGUUUCCCAGGAAGAUGGUUUCAAGACCUCAAGAGUGAUUCAACUCUGCCUCAGUUGGUGAAUUUCAGCCAGCAUUUGUUGCAAUCUGCACAUACCCUGUACAGAAGUAACUGCAGUGAUGAAACAAGAGAUGUGAUUCUUCUGUUGGUGAAAAUUAAUGCAUUACGUCUUGUGGAGGACUUCAUUGAGGAAUACAAACUAGAACACCUGAAAUCCAUGAUUGGAAAGUAGAAAUGCAGCAAUAGGACUGGAAUACAAUGUUUAAAAUGCCACAGCUCACCAUGCUAAUAUUCCACGAACAGGUCUGUUUGACUAUAACAGAGGAUAUAUAUAAACUAAGGAUUUGGGGCAACCCCUUAAUCUUUACGUCUGUUCUGUUGAUUUAGAUAUUUCAAGGGCCUUGUGGUCUUGCUUGUAAUUGGCUCAAAUAUGCACUUUUUCCAUAUCCAAAAUUCUCACCAAAAUUAGCAGGAAAACUUAUUGCACAAAGAAAGCAGGACCAAGUCCAGCACAAGUUGCACUGUUUGAGGACAGACUGGCUGGAGAUGAACUGAUAAUCAAAUGCCUGGAAUUUCCUUAUGUUUAUGGAUUUGUCAGACAACUGGCUGCCAAACUGGAGCCAUGUUUUAGGCCCUGCAAAGAUGUGGAAAUACUUUAUUCUUUUUGGGGAGAUUUAUUUAAAUGAUAAAGUGUUUGAAAAAAUGUAUCAUGGAAACCACAUUAUAAGAAAAUAGCUUUGACUAGUACGUUCAAUUUUGAACGGAGUAACAGUAUUGUUUAAUAUCAGUCUGUCUCAGGGGGAUUACCAGGCUCCCCUUCCUGAAGAUCUGUCAUGAUUCCAGUGUUUGUGAUAGGAUUUUCACGGAGCUUGAUUGGCAUAGACCUUUAGGAACAGCACAGAGAUAGCCAGGGAUGGUCAACAUGUGCAUUACACUUGGCAUAGAAACAAAACACUGCAACUUCAUUGUAAGAAUGCCAUCUACUGCAUGUUGUAACGUUACUUCAGAGGCUGAUGUGGAUUUUUUGCUCAAGGAGGGUGGGCCUGGGAUCUGCAAGUUUGUGUUUUGUCAGACUUAAUAACUGUACAGACUUCAGUGGUAGACAGUGAGAUGUAUGAAUUACAUGGACUAGCAGCAUCUUCACAUUAUUCCCUGUGAACUGGCAUCUCCCUUUGCAAUUAUUAUUUUGCUUCCCAUCAGAAUGUGCUCACCCACCUUCUAUCAGACAAUUCUUAAAUAGUUUGUGUAUAUUUUUGUAGUGAGGUUUUGUAUGUAUGUAAUAAGGGUCACUGUGCAGUGGAACAGAAAGAAUUUGCCAUAAAAAUCUAGAGGGCAGCACACAUUUGGAUAUGGAAUCAUUUGUACCUGUAUUUUCUCAAACCUUGUUUAACAUACAGAUAUAUUUUUGUUACAGUAGACGCUAGAACUUAACUCUUGUAGAUCUUUGUUCCGUGACCAGUUUUAUAUUUCAUUUUAAACGGUGUAUGAACUUAUUUUUUGCAAAAUAAAUAUUUAAUAGUAAGUAA